AUGUUUUUAUAGUGGCCUACAGUGAGGUCGAGUCCCGUGGAUUUAACCGCGGAGCUGAACGGUAACUGUGUGUUUGUUUGCUUUGUGUAGGUUUACUGAGCAACUGAGCACUCAUCACCAUGAAGGCUGCCGUAGUGAUUCUUGUCCUGGCGACCAUUUCGGCCUGCCACGCUCGUGCGCUCCAGCACGACGAGCCCAAGACCGGGUGGGAGGAGACCGUGGACCGCUUCUGGCAGUACGUGGCCGACCUCAACACCAAGGCCGACGGCGUGAUGCAGGACAUCAAGGACUCCCAACUGAGGAGGGAGAUGGACACCUUGAUCACUGACACCAUGGACGAGCUGGUCAUCUACAGGGAUGACAUUCAGUCCAAACUGGCGCCCUUCGCUCGGGAAACCUCCGAAAAGGUGCGCGAUGACCUGCAGCUGCUGAUCAACAAGCUGUACACCGACAUGUCCGACGCCCGGGAUCGCUCCACCCAGUACGUCAACGAGAUGAAGACCAUGAUGGAGCAGAACGCCGAUGACAUCAUGAACCGCGUCAGCGCCUACACCCGCAAGCUGAAGAAGCGCCUGCACAAGGACUCCGAGGAGAUCCGCAACACCGCCACCAUCUACCUGGAGGAGUUACAGGCCCGCGCCUCCCAGAACAUGGAGUCCGUGAAGGAGCGCCUGGAGCCGUACGUCAACCAGGCACACGAGAAGGCCACCGAGCGGCUGGGCAGCCUCUCCGAGCUCUUCAAGACCCAGACCCAGGACCUGACCGAGAAGUUCGAGUCCCAGGCCAGCGCCAUCCGCGAGCGCCUGGAGCAGACGGCCCAGGACCUGCGCCUCACCCUGGAGGGCCAGCUGGAGGAGCUCACCAACUGGUUCACCCCCUACGCCGCCAAGAUCCGCGAGCAGCUCAAGACCGUCAGCGACAAGAUCCAGGCUUAGCCUCCUAAGAGCGAGGAAGGGGGCGAACGAGGAGGUGGGGAGGUUGGGGGUGGGGGGGGGGGGGUUGCUGCUUCCUUCCACUCUGUUAGCUGUUAGCAGUGCCUCAUUCACUCCCCGGUUGCCAGGGUAGAGCAGGAGAAGUAAGAGUUACUGACGUAUUGCUGUCGUUUCCUCACUGUGUUAAGCGCUUGUCUGAAAAGGGAAAUUGGUGUGUAAGGAGAGAGCCUCUACAGAUUCAUAUUGGGUUUUUUUCCCCCUCUGAAGACAGGUGAACAGGACCUUUGAGCUUUCUAUAUAUUUUUACACUGAACGCUUUUGUCCAUAUUUUCUCAUAUCCUCUCUUCCUGAGCAUAAACCAACUCAAUGUGUGUUACGACGCACGAUUUCCUGCUGUCAACCAGAAACGGGUUAUUGGACACUGAUAUAGUCUUGCUUGCCUGCCUAACCAAAUGUGUUCCAUUUUUUGAUAUGAUUUGAUACGAUUUUCAUGAUUCCUUGCUCUCAUCACAUAACUGCAGCUGGUUUUGUGAAACCGUAGUCAGUAUCAGAACUAAUUAAACAUUUCACUUUCCCUAGAUCAGAUCAGCAUGAACACAGUAAAAUGUCCAGUGGUAAUUCAACUCAAACGGAGUAUAUAUGUAUGAGACUUGUACUCUGUUAGAGUUGAUUUAACACUGAGCAUUUUGCUGUGUAUGAGUGUAUGUGUCGGUAGACUGGGUCUUGUGUGUUUGAAUGCAACAAUGCGGUAAAAAAAAAACCUCAUACAAGUGGGAGCAAUGUAUUGCUUUGGCACCAAUCUGUCCAUUGAGAUGUUCAAUUACUGUGUCUGUUGUCAUUUUACUGUUUGCACACUGCAGUAGUUUUAACAGUUUACAUUGCUGGUGGUUGGGGUCAAGGUCAUGUGACUUCUUAGCACUGCCAGUGUUAUGCAAGUGCCUGGUUUCUAUAAUGUGACACACUCCACAGUCUGCCUGUCUGUGUUUUUUGCCUGUGAAGCCACCACACCACCCAGCCCUCCAUGCUGCCUUGCAUAACAAACUGAAGACACUGCAGUCACGCAUGUUAACGUGUACACCACCGCUCAACUAAUAAAAGAGUUUGAAACUGUUAA